AUGAUUCCUGACUCCACUUCCCCACACGCACUCAUUAUCGGCGGCGGUGUCACUGGUCUUGUGACCGCAUGGACCCUCCUCGACAAAGGCUAUCGUGUUACCAUCCUCGCCAAAGAGUGGGCCUCCUAUGGUAAGGCCCAGCGGUUGACUUCCCAGAUCGCUGGUGCACUCUGGGAGUUUCCACCGGCGGUAUGCGGACAGCACACCGAUGCCAUAUCGCUACAGCAUUCGAAGCGGUGGUGCAUGGUCGCCUACCAUAUCUGGGAUGCUCUGGCGGCUUCAGAGUCUUUGGCUAAACUGUCGGGCGUUCGAAUGAAAGGCGCUGACUUCUUCUUCCCGGUCCCGAUCGAACAAGAUCCAGCGCAAAUGUCCAAGAUGCUCGAGAUUAUGUCGCAAGGCGUCCGAGGUUUCCGCAGGGAUCCCGCCAUUAUCAAAGAACGUCGUAUUAAUCCCGCAUAUGGUGCGGUCGAUGCGUAUGAGCACCUUGCGCCCAUCAUCGACACCGACAAGUGCAUGGCGUUCUUGAAGGCGCUUGUCACAGCCAAAGGCGCCAAAUUGAUCACACGGAGUAUCAACGGUGAUCUGUUCGACCAGGAGCCCUCCCUGCGUACCGAAUUUUCGGCUGAUGUUAUCAUCAACUGCACCGGCCUCGCAGGUACUGAGCUUGCUGGCGACAAGUCAUGCUACCCUAUCCGUGGCGGGCUGAUCCGUGUUAUCAACGAUGGGCGAGAUUUUCCGAAGCUGGACCAUGCGCUCACCAUCACAGCCGAUGCAGUCCACGACUCCAACGAAAUCGUCUUUCUGGUCCCGCGCAAUGACAACAUCUUGUUGAUAGGGGGUGUCGCAGAGUCGCACGAGAAAGAGCUGAAUCUAACACUCGAUUCCCCUAUUAUCAAACGCAUGCGUGCACGAUGCGAGGCGUUCCUUCCUGACCUCAAGAAGGCAAGACUAGAUAGCGAGUAUCCACUUGCACAAGGGUUGCGACCAUUUCGUCAACGGAACGUCCGUGUGGAGCGCGAGCUAAGGUCACACGGCCAGGCAAGGGACGGAUCGAGCAAAACUAGCCGUAUCGUGCACAGCUACGGAAAAGGCGGGGCUGGAUGGUCAUUGUCAUUUGGCUGCGCUGGAGAUGUUCUGGGACUGGUGGAGGAGGCAUUGCGCGAAGUCCCCCCCACGCCCAUGAGUCUGGAAGUAGUGGAACAAAGCGAGCCUGUAGCAGUUGAAGUACCCAUGCAGAUGUUACAGAGGGAGAUGGGAGAAAAUCUUAUUCGAGCGAAAUUAUAG